CAUUGUUGUGCGCCUUCCACUACAGUAAUGGAAGCAGGCGCCGGGGAAGCAGCACCAAGCGCGCCGCGCAGACUGACCCUGCCGUGGAAGGUGCGGCUCCUGCUCCUCUGCCUCGAUGUCGUCGCCGGUCUCUCGAUGCGUCGCGACGGCACCAUCAACCGCUCCAUCUUCAACCUCUUCGACCUUCGUGCCACCGCCAGCACGCGCCCGGACAGGCAGGGCGUCCGGUCCGCCGACGUGGACGCGUCGCGCGGCCUGUGGGCGCGCGUGUUCUGGCCGUCGCCGGAGUCGUCCGCGGCCCCGCUCCCAGUCGUGGUAUACUUCCACGGCGGCGCCUUCACGCUGCUCUCUGCGGCCUCGUACGUCUACGACGCCAUGUGCCGCCGGUUCUGCCGCGAGCUGGGCGCCGUCGUCGUGUCCGUCAACUACCGCCUCGCACCCGAGCACCGCUGGCCCGCCGCGUACGAGGACGGCGUCGCCAUGCUUCGAUACCUCGCCUCCGCGGGUCUCCCCGACAGCGUCGACGUCCCCGUGGACCUCUCCCGCUGCUUCCUCGCCGGGGACAGCGCCGGCGCCAACAUCGCCCACCACGUGGCGCAGCGCUGGACGACGGCCUCCUCCCCGCCGCGGUCCAUCCCCGUCCACCUCGCUGGCGCCAUCCUGGUGCAGCCGUACUUUGGCGGCGAGGAGCGGACGGAAGCUGAGGUCAGGCUGGAUGGGAACGUGCCGGUGGUGACCGUGCGUGGCUCGGACUGGAUGUGGCGGGCGUUCCUGCCGGAAGGCGCCGAUCGGAACCACUCCGCCGCGCACGUGACAGACGACAACGCCGACCUGGCGGACGGCUUUCCGCCGGUGAUGGUGGUGAUCGGUGGCUUCGACCCGCUGCAGGAGUGGCAGAGGCGGUACGCCGACGUGCUGCGGAGGAGGGGGAAGGAGGUAAGGGUGGUGGAGUUCCCGGACGCCAUUCACACUUUCUUCCUCUUCCCCGAGCUCACCGAUCAUGGUACGCUCGUGGAGGCGAUGAAGGCGUUCAUACGCGAGCAACGCAUCUGAUCUAAUUCUGCCUCACGGUCACGGAUCACCAACCUACGUGGACCUACAUGGUCCGUGCAAAUAAUUUUGUUUCCCAUGCACGUAAUGGUCCCUACAUGGUCCGUGCAAAUAAUUUCUCUAUAAACCACUAUUCAAGUCUCCCAUAUAUUUAUUCAGUUCAUCGAGCAUCUCUUCUAGAUCUUAAUUCUGGAUCGUCAUGUACAUUAUGUUAUGGAUUCAUAGUUGCCUUUUUGUUCUACAGCACCAUCGAAUUCAUCACAAUGUUGCUCAUAUGUAUUGUCUAGAACUACUAUUGGCUGAGUAUCUCAAACCUCCGCUAGCCAACUCUGUUAGUUGUAUUACCAACAAUAACCUCCACUGGCCGACCCAGUUGUAGUACCAAUACCCAUCGACAGCUCAAACAUCCACAAAGCACAAAAGGCAGAACCAUCAACAGUGAUCAUAUUUGUUUUCAUUUGUAACCAUCCUAUGAUGGAGAAAGAAAGUCUAACGAUCAUAUCUGUUAUGAUGCGCACAGGCUUCUCACUGCAUGUGCAUCGUUAGAAUAGAUUGACAAAUUUUGC